AUGAACAAUACACUAAAUUCGAAUGUCACUCAUCUUCAAUGUAUUGAUAGCUACGGCUACAGUGGAGCAUGUAACAUGAUAUGUAAAUUAUGGACAGAUCCAUUGACAUCAAUUGUAACAAUCGCCACCGACGAUUUCAAUUCGUUCAACUGUACACUGGUUGUACGAACGAUGAAUACAUCGAUGUCGUACGUUAUUCGAAUUCCUUCAGAUAACUAUCUAUUGUAUUUUUCCAAUUGGACAACAAGUGACUUUGAUUUCUCAUGUGAAGAUAAUCAAGCAUCAUCAAAUGCUUCUAUGCUGUGUCGAUAUGAUUUUACUCAAUAUCUAUCAUCGAAAGUGACAACUUUACUGCCAACAUCAUUGGAGGUCGAUGGUCUGCUAUUUUCGAGUGUGGAACCGAUUGUUGAUCAAGACACUAGUGAAACACCCACGACUAGCACAUCAUUGUCGUCUGUUGGAGCAAGUUCAUUCACAGCAACGACCUACGCUCAAGAAACUAUAACCAUUGCAUCAUCUAUCGGAUCAAGUUCAUUUAAAGCAACGACCCAUGCUGAAGAAACUACAACCACUACAUCGCCUGUGGGAUCAAGUUCAUUCAAAGCAACAAGCUACGCUGAAGAAACUACAACCACUAAAUUGCUUGUUGGAUCAAGUUCAUUUAAAGCAAAGACUUACACUGAAGAAACUACAACCACUACAUCGUCUAUUGGAUCAAGUUCAUUUAAAGCUACGACCUACGCUGAAGAAACUACAAUCAUUGCAUCAUCUGUCGGAUCAAGUUCAUUCAAAGCGAUGACCUACGAUGAAGAAACUACAACCACUGCACUGAUAACUUUCGUCACUGUAGCAACACUCUCUCCUUUUUCUGUUUGGCAAUCUCCAACGUGUAGGAAUGGUAACAUCGGUCUUAAUUGUAAUGUCAGCGUUGAUCUUUGUGAGAUAACUAAUCCAUGUAUUAACAAUGGUACAUGCGUCAAUACUUUAUCGUCUUCUUAUACAUGCACAUGCAUGCAAGGGUUCACAGGCUCACACUGUGAGAUUGAUAUUAGACCUUGUAAACCGUGGACUUGCCUUAACUAUGGCCUGUGUAAUGAAACUAGUCCCACAACUUUUCAAUGUGAAUGUUAUCCUGGCUACGAAGGUCUUAAUUGUGAAUCACUCACCGAUUACUGUAAUGGUAUUGUAUGUCAAAACAAUGGGCAAUGUCGUCCGAUUUUACUAAAUUUUACAUGUGAAUGUACGACAAAAGAUGUUACCGGUCGGUUCUGUGAAAUUAAAAGCAAUUCGCUCGUUAUCAAAGCCGCCAUAAAACGGUCUGUUGGAUACAUAGCCAUAAUAGGUAUUGUCGGUGUUAUUUCGAUAUUUGUCGGGUUGGAUGUACUGACAUACAUUUUCAAAAUUGAUACAGUAAAAAGACAUCGAAGAUAUCUUGCUAGACGACGUCGACAACAACGAGAACGGCAGUCAAAACCGAAAUUAGUGGUACACUUUGUCUAUGUCAAUGCUUCGCCAGAUGAAUCGACAAUCGAAGCAUGA